GAGACAUCGAGUGAGAUUUAAAUUAAAGUGCAUUUAGCACAGAAUUCAAUAUCUGCAUUGUUUUAAUAUGCCGUGAAAUCAUUAUGGCUAGAGAGUUCAUUGACUGCCACUGUCACAUGUCAGCAGAUGAGUUUGCGCAGGAUUUGGACGAUGUUAUUCUGAGAGCUAAAAAGGGAGGAUUGAAAGCUCUGGUUGCAGUAACAGAGGGAGGCAGGGAAUUUGAGAAAGUUAUUAACUUAUCAAAAGUGUAUCCUGGUUUUGUAUUCCCUUGUUUUGGCAUUCAUCCUCUUCAAGGAUCUGCGCAGGACUUGCAUAGUGUCAAGAUUCAGGAUCUGGAACCAUUCCUUCCAUUGUUCCAGAAGUACAAAGAUGAUAUUGUUGCAGUGGGGGAGAUCGGUCUUGACUUCACCCCCUGGUAUGCACAAACCACUCAAGAGCGUGAUGAACAGAUAGAAGUCUUUAAAAAGCAACUUGAAAUAUCAAAAGAACUGCAUUUACCUGUGAAUGUGCAUUCCCGUUCCGCAGCUAAGGUUACUAUAGCCACAAUGAAAGAACAAGGGAUUAGACAAGCGUUAUUGCAUAACUUUGCUGGAAAGCCAUCAGUUGCCAUGGAAGGAGUUCAGGCUGGAUUCUGCUUCUCCUUCCCCCCUGCAGUCAUCAGAAAUGAACAGAGCGAAAUUAAUCAAACAAAUUCCACUGGAACACCUUUGCCUCGAGACGGACUCACCAGCUUUGGGGUUUGAUAAACAUGUGAGUGAUAACCUCAAAACCUGCUUUUCUUCAUGACUGUGCUAUUUUGAAGAUGUCUGUGUUUUAUGUUUUACUCUUCUAGGUAAGAAAUGAACCGCAACACAUAACGCUCUGCUGUGAAUACAUUGCAAAAGUGAAGGGAGUCUCUCCAGAAAGAGUCAUGGAGGUCACAACUCUAAAUGCCUUCCGAUUGUUUUCUAAAUUAAAAGUCUAGAAUGUUCUUAAUAUCAAUAAAAGCAAUAUAACAAUACAACAUUAUGACAAUGAUUUUAUGGAUUCAUUCACAUAUUUUUAUGUAUUGUUAAAUACAUGAAUUAAAAUAAAGCACUUUAUUGCA